UUAACUAAGUUAACUAGUUAAUGAAGCUUCCUGUUCCCCCAAUAAUGUCGCAUCCCAGCUAGCCUAGCCUCGGCAAGCGUGGCUGCAUGCUCGCUCUUGUCCCAGCUUCCCCAUAUUCACAUGUUCGAGGGAAGCUUCGGAGGUUAACAAAAAAGAAAGACAAGCAAGAUUAAUCAGAAUCGAACCCUUUUCCCAACGGAAAAAAAAGAAUAUAUAACUACUAAUAACUAUCAGGGACUGGUGGGGUGGUGCCACUGCUCCGAAAUCCUUUCUUUGUUUUUUUUUAAUCUUCGUUUCAUCUUCAUCUUCUUUCUUCCCAUCUCAUCCCUCCAUACAGACAACAAACAACCUCAUCUCACUUCUCUCCUUGAAAAACUGAAAAAAAGACCACAUUACAACAUUCACAAAAUGUCUCUCGCAAACCCCGCCUUCCCCUCUUCCGCGGCCUUCGACGCCAUCAAUGCUGCCAUCAACUCCAACCCAGCCGACCGCGAAGAUGCCAUCAAAUCCGCCAAAUCCAUCUUCUCCUUCGCCCUCACAAACGACAAGGGUGAGACCGAGAGCUGGUACCUCGACCUGAAAGACAAAGGUGUCGUCGGCAAGGGUGCCGCGCCUGCUGGCGGCAAGGCUGAUGUCACCCUCCAACUCUCCGAUGCCGACUUUGCCUCCCUCGUCAGCGGUAAGGCGAAUGCCCAGCGUCUCUUUAUGGGCGGCAAGCUGAAGAUCAAGGGCAAUGUCAUGAAGGCGACGAAGAUGGAGCCUAUCCUCAAGAAGGCACAAGGCAAGGCUAAGCUGUAGAGGGUGUGUGUGUGUUGGCAAUUUUUGAUAUGUUUUUUUUUUUUUUUUUUUUUUUUUUUUUUUUUUUUUUUUACAUGAACUAGGGGGUGAGGGGAAUGUUUUUGUUUCAAAUCCUAUACAUAACUUUUUCUCGACUUUUCGUUUAAGAUACACAGAUUCCUUCGAUUUUCUUUCUUUCUUUCUUUUUUUUUUUCUCUCUGCAAAUUGAAUGAUAUGUGGUUUUCGUUCGGAAGUGAAUAGGGAGGGGAUUCCUCCGGGUUGAGAUGUUUUCUCGCGCAGUUUAUGAAUUAACGUACAGCACGGAGUGUAACUAUAUCAUUCAUUCCUUUUUCCCAUUUUGUUAGUUUUACCUCCUCCCCCCUUUCCUCGCAUUCUCAUUUCUAUUCCACCCACAUAAGCAAUGCAUAUAAUAAUCAUACAAUCCGGCCCUUGAAUUCCCAUGCACCCCACUCUCCUCUCCUACAAUAUCAAUAUCAAUUCCACCACCCCGCAAGCGUAGAUAGAUAGGUAGAUAGAUAGAUAGGUAGAUA